CCCCCCCGACAGGUGUGAACACGCUGGAUGAUGGAUGACUCCGGGAUCAUCCGAAGACGGAGGCUGCAGAAGGAUCUGCCCCUGCCCCGAAAAAGUAGCAGUUGCAGAACCAGCAACCGGAAAAGCCUAAUCCUGACCAGUACGUCCCCCACCCUGCCACGGCCGCACUCUCCACUGCCUGGACACAUAGGGAGCAGUCCGCUGGACAGCCCGCGCAACUUCUCACCAAGCGGACCUGCCCACUUUUCCUUUGCCUCUUCUCGAAGGGCUGAUGGUCGUAGAUGGUCCUUGGCUUCUCUGCCUUCCUCAGGAUAUGGCACCAACACACCCAGUUCAACGUCAUCCAGCUCAUCCCAGGAGCGUCUGCACCAGCUGCCCUUCCAGCCGACCAUGGACGAGUUGCACUUCCUGUCCAAGCACUUUGGCAGCACAGAGAGCAUCACAGAUGAUGAUGGGGGCCGACGCUCGCCGCAUGUCCGCCCUCGUUCUCGCAGUCUCAGCCCGGGGCGCUCUCCAUCCUGCUAUGACAAUGAAAUAGUGAUGAUGAACCAUGUCUACAAGGAGCGCUUCCCCAAGGCCACAGCUCAGAUGGAAGAGAGGCUGGCAGAGUUCAUCCACAGCUACUCCCCAGAAAGUGUUCUGCCACUGGCUGAUGGGGUCCUCAGCUUCAUCCACCACCAGAUAGCUGAGCUGUCCAGAGACUGCCUGGCCAAAUCACGUGAGGGUCUCAUUACCACUGUCUACUUCUGUGAACUGCAGGAGAACCUGGAGAAGCUGCUGCAUGACGCUUAUGAAAGAUCGGAGAGUUCGGAGCUCACCUUCGUCAUUGAGCUGGUCAAAAAGCUCUUCAUCAUCAUAUCUCGUCCCGCCAGGCUCCUCGAGUGUUUGGAGUUCAACCCAGAAGAGUUUUACCAUUUGCUUGAGGCAGCGGAGGAUCAUGCCAAGGAAGGACAACUCAUGAAGGCAGACAUCCCUCGGUAUAUCAUCAGCCAAUUGGGGCUGACCAGAGACCCACUGGAGGAAAUCGUGAGCCUUGACAGCUAUGACAGUGAGGGUCCACAUACUCCAGAGACUGAUGACUCAGCAGAGGGAAAAGGGAGAACCAUCAAACCGCCGAGUGAGGAAGAUUUUCAGAGCAUCAAACUGAUCAGCAAUGGAGCUUAUGGUGCUGUCUACCUGGUGCGGCACAGGGAGACACGUCAGCGUUUUGCCAUGAAAAAGAUCAACAAGCAGAAUCUGAUCCUGAGGAACCAGAUCCAGCAGGCAUUUGUAGAGCGAGACAUCCUCACCUUCGCAGAGAACCCCUUUGUUGUCUCCAUGUUCUGCUCCUUUGAAACACGGCGACACCUCUGCAUGGUCAUGGAAUAUGUUGAGGGUGGUGACUGUGCCACUUUGUUGAAGAACAUCGGGGCUCUGCCUGUUGAGCUGGCAAGGAUGUACUUUGCUGAGACUGUUUUGGCCUUGGAGUACCUGCACAACUAUGGUAUUGUCCAUAGAGACCUCAAACCUGACAAUCUCCUGAUCACCUCCAUGGGCCACAUCAAGCUCACAGACUUUGGCUUGUCGAAGAUGGGCCUAAUGAGCCUCACCACCAACCUUUAUGAGGGACACAUUGAGAAAGACGCCAGAGAGUUCCUGGACAAGCAGGUAUGUGGUACUCCAGAGUACAUCGCUCCAGAGGUGAUUCUCCGUCAGGGCUAUGGAAAGCCGGUGGAUUGGUGGGCCAUGGGCAUCAUUCUCUAUGAGUUCCUAGUGGGCUGUGUGCCUUUCUUUGGAGACACUCCUGAGGAGCUGUUUGGACAGGUCAUAACAGAUGAUAUAGUUUGGCCAGAUGGCGACGACGCCUUGCCUGCAGAUGCCCAGGACCUAAUAUCUGCUCUGCUGCAGACAAACCCUCUAGUGAGGUUGGGUACAGGUGGAGCGUUUGAGGUGAAGCAGCACUCGUUCUUCACUGAGCUGGACUGGAACAGUUUGCUGAGACAGAAGGCAGAGUUCAUCCCUCACCUUGAGUCAGAGGAGGACACCAGCUACUUUGACACCCGUUCAGAUCGUUAUCACCACAUCAAUACGUACGACGAGGAUGACACCAAUGACGACGAGCCGGUGGAGAUCAGACAGUUUUCCUCCUGCUCUCCUCGCUUCAGCAAGGUGUACAGCAGCAUGGAGCAUCUUUCUCAGCUGGAACAGAAAGCUACGACCUCUGUGUCCCGUCGGGAGCACAAGGGCCCGCGGGACGACAAGGUGACAAAGAGAGAGAGCCUGGGCAGCUUCAGCAUGAGGGACAAGAGCUGGAGGACUGGCUCGCCUGAGAUGAAGCGCCUGUCUUGUUCAGAGUCCCUCUACAUGGAAGGAGAUGCAAGCCCCCCCCUCGGUGCUCGGCGACGCUUCUCAGCCCUGAUGGAUACACAUCGUUUUGCCUCACCCCUGGAGAGUGAGCCAGACUUCUUGUCCCGCCAGGCUCCCAUCAAGGUCCGUGGAACCUCACUGGACGGGACCGGUGUCCCCUCACCAAGCCUCCUGGAGCAGAGGACCAGUCUGAAAGAGGUCAAUGGGGCAGACAAGCCCCCUAGACCUGGAGAGACACCAGGUAUUACCACGGCCAUCACCACAUUAUCUCCAGGUCCAGCAGCAGCCAGUCGUGAUGUGAUGACCCCUCUGUUUGACCCUCUGGGGCCCAGAGCCACCAAUGACCUGGUCCUCCGCAGGGCGCGCCACCAGCAUUUGUCUGGUGAUGGAGAGAAACGCAACUCCAGACCUGGCAACAAGGUCAUCAAGUCAGCCUCCGCCACAGCCCUGUCUGUCAUUAUACCAUCAGUGGAGCAGCAUGGUGGCUUCUCUCCGCUGGCCAGCCCCAUGUCUCCCCACUCUUUCUCCUCAAACCCCUCAUCCCGAGACUCUUCACCCAGCAGAGACUUCUGCCCAGCAGUCAGUGUGCUGCGCUCCCCCAUCACCAUCCAUCGCUCUGGAAAGAAGUACGGAUUCACCCUCAGGGCUAUCAGGGUCUACAUUGGAGACAGCGACAUCUACAGUGUGCAUCAUAUUGUUUGGCAUGUGGAGGAUGGCGGCCCCGCCCAGGAAGCUGGCCUGUGUGCUGGUGACCUCAUCACUCAUGUCAAUGGGGAACCUGUCCAUGGUCUGGUUCACACUGAAGUGGUAGAGCUUAUCCUCAAGAGUGGUAACAAGGUGACAGUGACAACUACACCUUUUGAGAACACCUCCAUUAAAGUGGGUCCUGCCCGGAAGGCCAGCUACAAAUGUAAAAUGGCCCGACGAAACAAGAGGACCAUGGGCAAGGAUGGCCAGGACAGCAAGAAGCGAAGCUCUUUGUUUCGUAAGAUCACAAAACAGUCCAAUCUGCUGCACACCAGCCGCAGCCUGUCCUCUCUGAAUCGCUCUCUGUCCUCCAGCGAGAGUCUUCCUGGCUCCCCAACUCACAGCCUGUCUGCCCGGUCCCCAACUCAGGGCUACCGCUCCACCCCUGAGCCCUCAUACCUGGGUGCCUCCUCCCAGAGCAGCUCUCCAGCCUCCAGCACUCCAAACUCCCCUGCUCCCUCACAGCACAUGAGGCCCAGCUCCCUGCACGGCCUCUCACCUAAACUCCACCGGCAGUAUCGCUCUGCCCGUUGUAAAUCUGCUGGUAACAUUCCCCUGUCCCCGCUGGCCCACACACCCUCCCCUACCCAGUCUUCUCCUCCACCCUUGCCAGGCCACACCGUAGGGAGCUCCAACACCACCCAGUCCUUCCCUGCCAAGCUCCACUCGUCGCCACCGGUGGUCCGUCCCAGGCCCAAGAGUGCCGAGCCCCCUCGAUCCCCUCUUCUCAAACGGGUGCAGUCGGCAGAGAAGCUGGGCUCACCUUUGACCCAGUCCAGUUCUACGGGAGGGCUGGGGGGUCCACUGAGGAAGCACAGCCUGGAAGUGCAGCACUCUGAGUAUCGCAAGGAUGCCUUCCUCUGUGAGCUCGGGCUCCAGAGCCUGUUGGAGACAGAAGGGGAAAAUUUGCCCCCUAAUCCUCCACUGCUGCCCUCAUCCUCAUCCUUGACUACACCAGAGACCGGUGUGCUGAAGCCUGUGAGGAGACUAGGGAGGCAGGAGUCACCGCUUAGUCGGGAAAAGCUGCUGGCCGGAAGGGAGAGGGAAGAGAGGGAGAGAGGAAGGGAGAGAGAGAGGGAGACAGAGACCGGGACAGGUCGAGUUGGAGCAACAGCAUCCCAGUCAUCCCUAACAAGAAAACCUCAUACAAGUGAGCUGCCCUUGAACUCACAAAGCUCCAGACUAAGUGCAGAACCCACUAAAGUUACAACUCCUAGCACCCCUACCAAAACAACAGGAAGUCUAGGUGGUCCGAAGGCACCUGAAAAGAUCCACCAGGUUCAGACAGAGUUAACUCCAAAACAAUUAGACCCAAAGGCAGCCAAAAGUGUGUUAUCUAAUAGUAAAGAUCCCCAGGAGCGUCAGCUAGGGGGUAGAACUGAAGCAAAGCAGGAGGGAAACAACAAGACUCUUCCCAGUAGGCCUGGUUUACCUGGUGCUGCCUUCACUAAGAGCUCUGCUUCUACUCCAGAUAAAUCCAUCGGCAUCAACGCGACAGUGACAGCAGGUCCUCUGAGCAUGAACAAAACUUUUAAACCAUCAGGUAUGGGUGACGGCCUGAGAAAGGCUGGAGCUGAGAGCAGUGACUCGAGGGCUCCAGACCUCGGCUCCAAAAGCCCCAAACUUCCAGCACGGGUCCUCGCUCCUGUUGUCCCCCCACACGGGCAGCCACUCUCACUGGGAAAGGUGAGACAGGGGCUCGGGGCCGUCAACUGCUACAGGGGAACCCUUGAUUGGGAGGACAAAUGUCGCCUGGAGGUGGUGGAGGAGCAUUCUCCCUCACCUUCUCCCUCCCCUACCUCUGUCACCCCCUCCCUCUGUGGGCCUUCCCUCUGUAAGUCACGGCCUGUCUCCCCUGGCGACAAGACGAGCUUCGUCAGCCAGCUGACCACUGUGGCCAAAAAUGUCCUUGGGCCAAUCAAGCUUGGCUCCCAGGAUGGGGCCAAGAGCAAAGACCAGCAGACUAAGGCAGCGGAGGAGAAGCAGGGAAGCACAGCGGGAAAGUCUGACACUCCUGCUGGAGGUCGAGUGGUUGUUGGGGCUGCAGUGGUGACCCAAAGUCCUGCUGGUUCACCACUAGAGAGGGUUGUAACAGGUAGCAGCCUGCCGAAAAUGUGACCCCAUGGGGUCCCUAAGUGGGACUUUAGUUUUAAAAAAAAAAAAGAAAAAAACGGCCUUUUUUUGAAGAACAAUGCAACGAAAGUAGAGCACUUAAAAACAAUGUACAUUCCAGUUUGAGAGUAUAUAAAAUGUUAUUUAUUGAUUCCAAUCAUUGACUGAUUCUAACUUAAAAUCAGGAGUAAAAAAAAUCUACUGUAAAGGUGCAUUAACUAUUGGUUUUCUAUUAUAAAUUAUUUAAUAAGAAGACUCUUAAAGUAAUGUGGAACACUUUAUCAGAUGUAUAUGUGUGUGGGUCUAUGUGAACGCAUGUCAUAUGGUAUGUACGGUACAUGUUUAAUAGGUACAAGAGGUCAAAAAGUGCUUUACCGAUCAAAACAUGCUGAAUACUGUGAAGACCAAAUCCAGUCACUCUAUUUUGUCAUUCAACCAGCCCUUCCUUCUUUUACUGCUUAUCAAACAGAGCAACGAAACAGGGGGGUGAACUGAGGCACAGUCGCAUUCUUACAUCUUCAUCAAACACAAUUUAAACGCGGCAUCAGUUUGGCUGCAGCGUGCAAGCAACAUGAUGAUUAAGCUAAUUUCUUCUUCAUCCAGCAGUUUGCUUUUUCCGAGUUGCACGGUCAAAGACAAAGCCAAAGCAGGCACUCUGUCAAUGAAUGUCACAUCAAGAACUGUCUAGCUCUGUCUGUCACAGGGGAUUGUGUG